UCAAAACUCAGAAAAAACGUGCAAAUAUCCACAUAUCAGUUGUACAUCUACGUUAAUUCCUUUUUUUCACGGUUGUCAAGUGAGCAAGAUGUUCACGGCGAACGCUAAAAUAAUUAAAAGCGGUGGAGCCGAACCCGACCAAUUCGAGGCGAGCAUCUCUAAUGCUCUUCUGGAAUUGGAGAUGAAUAGCGAUUUAAAGUCGCACCUGAGAGAACUUUAUAUUACCAAGGCAAAAGAAUUAGAAACAAAUAAUAAGAAGUCUAUAAUUAUCUACGUUCCCAUGCCCAAAUUAAAAGCAUUUCAAAAGAUACAGACACGAUUAGUACGUGAAUUAGAGAAGAAAUUUUCUGGGAAACAUGUAAUGUUUGUUGGAGAACGUAAAAUUUUACCAAAACCGACGAGGAAAACUCGUACCAAGAAUAAACAAAAGCGUCCUAGAAGCCGGACAUUGACCUCUGUUUAUGAUGCCUUAUUGGAGGAUAUUGUAUAUCCUGUGGAAAUUGUAGGCAAACGUAUUAGAGUGAAACUUGAUGGAUCUCAAGUUAUUAAAGUCCAUUUGGACAAAAACGAGCAAACAAACAUCGAGCAUAAGGUUGAUACUUUUGCUUCGGUGUAUAAACAAUUGACUGGGCGGGAUGUAACAUUCGAAUUUCCCGAAUCAUAUGUAUGAUUUCUUAAAUAUAAAAAUAUUGAAGUA